AUGAUAACCUAUGUAUUCACCCCUCAUGUUUUCGUUCCUUUAACAGAUCACCGUCAUCACAUCAUCAGCAGUGGAGACAGGAUCGCACUGAGAAUUUCUUACACUAAUGGCAGUAACCUGAAAUACUACAUGCACUGCACUACAAGCUACUGCUACCGAAAUAACUGCCCCGGGGACACAGUGAUUAAGGUGCGCAAAUCCAUGACGUACAUCAUCCGGGCAAUCGGCAAGUCAGACAGCCAGCCAAUCAACAUCGGCGACAUGGUCACCAUCUCAUCUGGUUACUAUGGCAACAAAUACAACCAUCGAUGCUCAAAAUCUACAUCGUACAAGUGUACGAAACAUUUAUUUCUUAUCAACAGUUCCAUCAACGAGAAAAAAUUCGAAGGAAACCAUUGGUUCGAAAACACCAUCGCUAUCUUCCAGAUCUUUUCCCGCAAUGCGAUUGACAACACCCCAGUGCAGUACGGGGACAUAGUAGGGUUCAGCUACCCCUACUACUACGCGGAUCGCUGGCUGUACCAUAGCGGGGGUCACUAGUACGCGCGCAAGUGCAGCAACACCGAUAAGAAGACGUGCGCGAAAACCGACUCCCCGACUGGCUUUCAAAUCUUCAAGCCUCGAUAGAACGAGAGUAGAGACACACGCGGCACACCCCAGAUAGCAUCAUGGGAAUAUAAUAGAUAAAGGUGGAUUAAAGUUAAAUGGAUACUGAUGCUGCCGCAGAUUAUGACAAUAAAAUGAACAUCAAUAACAAAAAAA